AUGCCGAAACGUGCCCGAGUCGCAGAGGCGUUAAAAACAAUCCAGCGAGGGACCUCUCUCGGCCGUCCAGCCGGCCGCUGGGCCUCUUCGGGGCCUGCCUUUAACGUCCUCCAGCGUCCGCUCUCCGAUCCCUCGGUGACACAGCUCACAAACGCUAGCCAAAGUGGCUUGGAUGAAUUCAACCCCUUUUCCGAGAGCUCCCAGCUGACAAAUGCAGCACGGACGACGCCAGCCACGCAGCCCUCCGGCCGCUCGCAUCCUGCUGUUCUGCAGACGUCCGUGGAGCCCACUCCCCAGGCUGUGGCUGCAGCAGCGCAGGCUGGGCUUCUUCAGCAGCAGGCAGAACUAGAGCGGAAGGCGGCCGAGUUGGAGAAGAAGGAAAGGGAAUUGCAGAGUAACACAGCCAGCAUCAAUCCGAGGCAAAACAACUGGCCGCCUCUUCCCAAGAAGUGUCCGAUCAAGCCGUGUUUUUAUCAGGAUUUCUCUGCAGACAUCCCGGCUGACUACCAGCGGAUAUGCAAGAUGCUGUAUUACUUGUGGAUGCUGCAUUCGAUUACCCUGCUCCUAAACCUGCUCGCUUGCCUGGCAUGGUUCACAGUCCAGACGGAAAGAGGAGUAGACUUUGGUCUCUCGAUCCUGUGGUUUAUUUUAUUCACCCCUUGUGCCUUUCUCUGUUGGUACCGACCAAUUUACAAGGCUUUCAGGUCUGACAGUUCCUUCAGCUUCUUCGUCUUCUUUUUCAUCUUCUUGUGCCAAAUAGUAAUCUACAUCAUCCAGGCUAUGCUCUCCGGAUGGAUUGCGGCGCUGUCCGAGCUGCAUUGGAACCUGGCCGUGGCUGUUAUCAUGAUGGUGGUGGCAGGAUUCUUCACGCUGUGCGCGGUUCUCUCGCUCUUCCUCCUGAAGCAGCAACUACCUCUCUGCGCCCGCCUCGAGCACCCGAUUGCACUGUCCCAGCCCGGCCGUACCUCCCUCUCGCUGCUGGAGCACCGGGGGGUCGAGGCUUUCGUUUCCUAA